ACCAGAGUGGAAGCGUUCUUUCGUAAUAACUUUAAUAACUUUUUCAUUAUUACUUUCCUUCUGAAAUGGGGACCGAGUGGUCGAAAAAUCCAGAUAACCCCGACGUGGAAACGAUCGGUAGAAAUUGCCGGUAUCGUUACUCCGCCGGUAAGGACUUCAUUGGCAAGGGAACAUUUGGUGUGGUCUACAACGCAACAAUCACAGAACGCGGCGAUUACACCGGUGCCGAUGUUGUGGCGGUUAAAGCUGUUAAAGAUGUUCAAAGGGAAAUGGCAAUGGAUCAAGAGACCUGGGACAAAACACUUGAAAAAUUGAGAAAACUGCCUGAGUUAUCGCACCGGCAUCUCGUACCGUAUUACCAGAUCCGCAUUAGUAAAGGCCCUGACGGAGGGACCAUCGAGAUAAUGAUGGAGCGCUGCAGCGGUGAUCUGGCAUCGUUCUUGAAGGAAGCAAGGAGCAACACCAACCUCCUCAACCGAUACGCAGAUGUUGAACGUUACUGCCAUAAUAUAACAACAGGACUGGAUUUUCUGCAUCAGCAAGGAAUAAUUCACGGCGAUCUGAAGCCGGCCAACAUUUUAGUUAAAAAUCUGCCGGACAACACUAAGCAUUUGUUAAUCGGUGAUUUGGACGAUCUAGUGCUUAUGCACGACAAAGCCACAUGUUCGAAGGAUAUAUCCCAGCUGCGGGGAACGUACAGCUAUAUGUCACCGGAAAUGCUGAAAAAAUUCAAUCUGCAGAUAGCCCAAGCGGAAAUUGGACGGAAAACCGACAUCUGGAGUUUGGGUUGCAUAAUGCUGGAGAUUGCUGAAUGCCAUAUAAACCGGGAUGACACAGAAAAAAAAUUGGAAAAAAAUGGUAAAAUAGUCAGCCUGGGCAAGUCCAACAUCGACUUUGCCUCACGCAUAUUAAAAGGUUAUGUGCCGUUUAUCGGUGAUGACAUACCGGCGCAUUUGGCAGCCUGUGUGGAACUCUGCUUGAAGCCAAUUCCCAAAGACCGCAUUUCCGCCAGGGAAUUACUGCAAAAGUUGCCGGCCAUAACCAUAACGGUAAUUUCGAGUAUUGCCCAUUUCGGUGAAUUGGAAGUACUACAUUUCGAUCCCUUAAACAUGCAACUGCGAGAACAGAAAGUGUCGGUGCCAUACGAUUUGCCGGCUGAAUUGUACCGCCUCCAGCUUAGUAUUCCUAACAACGAGCUGACCUUUUACGCUGUGAGGGACAAAAUGAAACUAGAAAUGUACAUGUGGAAUAUCGAUCGGAACACGUGGCGCAUGUUUUCCCCAACCAGCAACAAGUCGAAGCUCGUCGGUUGCUCCAAUCCCGUUAUCAUCAAGGACCUGAUUUAUUAUCUUCGGGAGCCAGGUGAUGGUUGUGAGUACGUGGCCGUGGACAUGCGUAACGGCCAGGAAAUUUUUGCGAGACCAGCACCUAUUAAAGCCAGGCAGGACAUGAUCGCAUUAGCUGAAUGUGAUCAAAAGAUUCUGUACGCCCACAAUCGAGACGGACGUGUUACGGCGCUGGAACUUUACGAUCCGGUUGCCGACCAGCGGAAACCCUUACCGGACCUUCCACAAGCACGCAAUCAAUUUGCCAUGACCUUCUCCAACGGGUACGUGUAUAUCAUUGGCGGAAAGAUCAUUAAAAAAAAGCAGCCAUGGGAUGCAACAGCAGGCUGCAUCCGUUUGAACAUCGAAACUGACGCCUGCUGGGAAGAUGUUCCGUCUCUUCGGGAACCACGAUACCGACAUUCAGCGUGCGUGGUCAACGACACGAUAUACGUCUUUGGCGGCCGCAAUGCGGCGGACGGGCAUCUGUUGGCCUUUGAAAUGUACGAUACUUGGCGCGGUGGGUCCUGGUCUACCGUCGUUUUCUCGCCACACGAGCAGCAGCUACUACAAAACAUGCGCGGAAAUCUCACUGAACGUUGGGAUAGGAUAAGAGCCUUUGCAACUGCUCGAUGCUGAAUAUGCCUGGUUUUUCUCCACUGACAAACUGACAUGGACAUCAACAACUGGUUGAUUUAUUCGGCUAUGAUUUCCAGAGUGGAGCUGCACGUCGCAAGUUGCUGUUCACAUCCCACCCGUCCAGUCUCCGCAUCAUGUGGUCUUAUUGGUUUUUAUUUCUCUACGUCAGGUUUUCUCUCUUAAUUUAAUUAACAAUGCCGUCUGUUAUUAAUUCAUGUUCAGUGUCAUACUCAUUCAAAAAACUUUCUGUCGCGUUUCUAUCAAGUUUCACUCCAUCUUGAAUUCGACGCUAUAGAGCUUUCGCAAGUUGUUCGAUUUUCGCAAGGGAGGAAGGCCGAGAUAAUAUGUUCAACACAUUACCGUUACUACGAUCACAAGGUUGUUUCAGAACUGCUUUGUACUCUGUAUGUCUUGCAAAUUUCUUAUUUGGUGAGGGUCACUACCCUCACCGAAUAAAGUUUCUUACUAGCAAUAUUUUAU